GCCACUCCCGCUUUCACCCCAGCUCCCAAGGCUGAGCUGAAUGUGGCGUAAGAAGCGUGGCGCUUAGUUGUGGCGCGAGAUAUUCACACCUCAGGCAUCAGUUCUCCAGCCUUGCAGAUAGGUACCAUACCUCAACUGCAACACGCAGCUCCAGGCUGCCUGGGUGAAGGAAGCUCCAAGUCGACACCGUCGCAAACAUCUCGACAACACAGCUCCCCUCCACCUCACCAAUUCUCACCCCAUCUUCUCUUGCCUUUCGCAUCACGCUAUUAUACUUGAUCAGAUUCAAAUUCGGACAUCAUGACAUCGAUAGGCACGGGCUAUGAUUUGCUCAACUCCAUCUUCUCUCCUGAUGGACGCAACUUCCAGGUCGAAUACGCAGUCAAGGCAGUAGAGAAUGGCGGCACCUCAAUCGGUAUCCGAGCUAAGGAUGGUGUCGUCCUAGCUAUCGAGAAGGUCGUUUCAUCCAAGCUCCUAAAACCCGGUGCCAACAAGCGUAUUGCAACUAUCGAUAGCCAUGUCGGAGCUGUAUCUUCUGGUAUGGUCCCUGAUGGACGUCACUUCGUUGACCGCGCUCGCGACGAGGCCCAGAGCUGGCGACAGAACUUCAAGACCCCCAUCCCCACAUCCGAUCUUGCCAGCCGCAUGGGUGGCUACCUUCAAGCCUACACCAUGUACGGUUCAGUUCGACCAUUUGGCAUCACCGCUAUCGUGGGCGGCUACGAUACUCCCGAGGAGACCCCUGUCGAUGGAGAGGUUGGCUCAGGGCCCAAGGUUGGCGCUGGUGGCAAAGUCGAGGGCAAGCACGGCGGUCCUUUUCUUUACAUGAUCGAGCCCAGCGGUAUGUACUGGGGUUACUACGGAGCGGCUACAGGCAAGGGUCGACAGGCUGCCAAGGCCGAGUUGGAGAAGCUUGACCUACCUGCUGGUAACAUUACUCUAGAGGAAGCUGUGAAGCAGGCUGCGCGCAUCAUCUACAUUGCGCAGAAGGACAACAAGGACAAGGAUUUCGAGUUGGAGAUGACCUGGAUCAGUGGGCCUGACGGUCCUACCAAGGGACGACAUGUUGAGGUGCCAAAGGAGCUACGGGAAGAGGCUGAACGAUUAGCAAAGGCCGAGGACGAGGAUGAUGAUGACGACGACGAAGACGAGGAUGCAGAGGAUGACAAGAUGGAGGAUUAGACGAGUUAUGCUAAGAAAAAUCAAGGCACCUGUACUAUCACGAUGACGAGCUCAUAGAAUUUAAUAGCUCAUCUGCAGGCAUUCGAAUUACUCUCAGGCCCUCAGGGAGCCAGAAACCAUCAAGCCCUGAGAUAAGGUACCAAAAUAAGCAUAUCUAAGGUAUCCUAAACACAGCAAAGGAAUCCUAAACUUAUACUAAGUUACCUAAGCCUUUUUGCCAUUUAGGAUCAAAGUUAGGAUGACUGGUCUCAAUUCAUGCCAUCUAUGGGAGAAUUAUGUCUAUAUUAGGGUAUCAGUUCCGAGCUUGUUGCAAUGCAUUUCGGUACCAGUCUUGCCACUCAUCGAGGA